AAAACGUCUUGUUCGGAUUGACCCCAAGCGAGAUCAGCACUGCAAGAUCAUUGAGCAGAAAGUUUCGACAAACAAAGAUUCAAGAGUUUACAAUGGUACUUGUCCUCUUCCUUUUUGGUUCUCGGUGCUUCGGCGCCGCAGACUACUUUAUGAUCGGUGAACAAGAAUUCUUCGUUCGUACGCUGUUCUUCCAUAUAUGGUUUAUUCCGCUUUGUCCGAUGAAAAGUUUUAUCAGCAAAAGUCCAGGAAACGGAGAAUGUGAGGCUUGUACUCAGUGCAACAACUCCUAUGUUGUGCAACUACCAUCUCUCGUUUGCAAAACUGUACUUUGGGCCUGGAUCAGAUUCUUUGCGUUUCUAAUCCCACCCUUGUGGCCGCUGGUAUUUAUGUACAAACCAAAAGCUUCGCCAGAGAGACGGGAGGUUUAUGUGCAAGCUCUUGGCAGGGUUGUGGCUGCGGCUAGAGCCAACAGGCAGCAGCAGGCGAAUGUUCGAGUUGUUGCCCAGACAAUAGUCGAGCCACCUGCCMCGAUAGUAGGCGAGCCGCCUGCCCCGAUAGUAGUCGAGCCGCCUCCGGAAUAUGUUGAAACUGUCGCUGAAGGCAAACAUGGCAAAGGUGGUUACACCCGGUUCCAAUAGAYUACACUAUUAUAGUUCAAAUUUUUAAUGUUUAGAACAAAACUCCAUUAGCCUUAGAUAGUUUUGCAAUGAAACMAAAAUAUUGGCGGAUUUCUUUUUUUUAGUUGCAUAUUACCUAAAAAAUAUGAGCUUAUUCGGUUUAUUGUUCAUCCUUUUUUUGUAUUUAAGUAUUUGUGGAGUGGGUAUUUUCCUUAAGUAGAAUCGUUGCUAUUUUACCAAAUCAUCCUCCUAUCAAAAGUCAAACGGCCAGCCCCUAAAUUUGAUUGCUUCAUUCCCAURAAGCAACAAUAGUCUCCAACUUGAAAAGUAGCCGUACCUUGUAAUCAAAUCGAGACAACCGUUGAGCGUGCAAUGAUAGAAACCUGUGAAUAAUUGUCUCUAGGUGUGAAAGAAUGUUUCUGUCAUUACACGCUCAACGGUCGUCUCACUUCGAUGCAAAGGCACGGCUACCUUUCAAGGAACCGUGAAGAAGUUUCAGUUUCCAAUCCUCAAUCGGCUUGAUGCGAAAGCGUUGUCGAUUAAUAAACGUAGAUGUAGAUGUAGGGGAGGGGAGGGUCCGGCAAUUAUUCUUGUGUGUUUCAGAUACCGGUAUUCAUAUUACAUUGUAUCAUUAUCCAAAAACUUCCUGUUUCUCAUUGACCAGCGAGAUCAACUCCACUAAAAGGUCAUUGAAUAGAAAGUUUCGACACACAAGGUGAGAGAAAGUCUCCCAUCUCCUCAAUUUUAUAAUUUUAACUUUCCUCUAUAUGAAUAUUUUGAAAUUUGAAAUUUGAUGCGAUGAAGUAUUUCGAGUUUCAACAGAAUAAUUACCGUUAGAUUAGCUGAAACUGCCCUUCACUUUCGUGGUCGAAACUUUUAAGGGCGAAAUAUCCUUUGAUUUUUCUUCUUUGAUGAAUGGAAAUUAAAAGUUUAUUAGCCUAUAUGA